GCUUGCAGGCAGUAGGCGCAAAAUCAGAGCCGCUGAUUUCAGUCGGGGCUCCGCGGCGCUUCAAUACACGGAGUGAUUCAACGGGGAAACGACGCGACAAGGAAUGGAAAAUCGAUCAAAUAUGUAGCUGUUUAAAGAUCAUGCAAAUGACUAUUUAAACCGAUAAGGCGCGUAGAUCCUGCUGCUUUCUGGAUAUUUGAAUUGUUCUGAGUGGGAUAUUAUAGCCUCCUUAACGCACGGACCACACGCGCUCCACUCCUGUUGGACCGAAUCCACGUGUUUCCGUUUCCAAGGCGACCUCACCGUGUUUGUGGAGAUACUUACUACUGUGCCAACACUUACAGAGAGGGCACCCGCUCAGUAUGAGGGUGCACAUGCCCGGGAUGUCUCUCACCGUAGUCGCCGUGCUUCUCUUGGUUUGUCCGCUCUGCGUGGUCAACACGUUUGGUGACGAGGUGGAGGAGAUGACCUGCGACCCGAUCCGGAUCAGCAUGUGCCAGGGUCUCGGCUAUAACGUUACCAAGAUGCCCAAUCUGGUGGGCAACGUGUUGCAGUCGGACGCAGAGCUGCAGCUGACCACGUUCACCCCGCUCAUCCAGUACGGCUGCUCCAGUCAACUCAAGUUCUUUCUCUGCUCGGUUUAUGUGCCCAUGUGCACAGACAAGGUCCCCAUCCCCAUCGGGCCAUGUGGCAGCAUGUGUCUGUCUGUCAAGAGAAAAUGCCUCCCAGUGCUCCAUGAGUUUGGCUUCAUAUGGCCUGAGGUGCUCAACUGCAGCCACUUCCCACCUCAAAAUGAUCACAACCACAUGUGUAUGGAGGGUCCAGGAGAUGAGGACCCUCCUUACCAGCCGUUCCCCAACCCUCCCCAUCAGAAGUGUCUGGGAUCUGCCCCCGACCAGUACACCUGGCUUAAACAGACUGAAAGCUGCGCUCUCCAGUGUGGCUACGACAGUGGGCUCUACCGACGAGGGGCCAAAGUCUUCACAGAUGCCUGGAUGGCGGUGUGGGCCGUGCUGUGCUUCCUGUCUACCACUCUGACCGUGCUGACCUUUCUCUUGGAUUCCCAGCGUUUCUCCUACCCUGAGAGACCCAUCAUCUUCCUCUCCAUGUGCUGUAAUCUGUACAGUGUCGCCUACCUGGUGCGACUCACUCUGGGGAGAGAGAGUGUUUCCUGUGACCUGGAUGUUGCUGCAGCACCAAUUCUGGUACAAGAAGGAUUAAAGAGCACGGGCUGUGCCAUUGUCUUCCUCCUCCUCUACUUCUUUGGCAUGGCCUCCUCACUCUGGUGGGUGAUCCUGACCCUCACUUGGUUUUUGGCUGCUGGACUGAAGUGGGGCCAUGAGGCGAUUGAAAUGCACAGCUCCUACUUCCACAUAGCAGCCUGGGCCAUCCCAGCUGUUAAAACCAUCGUCAUUCUCAUCAUGAGACUGGUGGAUGCAGAUGAUCUGACCGGUCUGUGUUAUGUUGGAAACCAGCAACAGGAGGCACUCACUGGCUUUGUGGUGGCACCUCUGGCCACGUACCUUCUCAUAGGUACUUUGUUCAUCUGUGCAGGCCUUGUGGCUCUUUUCAAGAUACGCUCCAAUCUGCAGAAGGACGGAGCCAAAACAGACAAGCUGGAGCGUUUAAUGGUGAAAAUUGGAGUGUUUUCUGUUCUGUACACUGUCCCAGCAUCCACCGUCAUUGGCUGUUACCUCUACCAGCUCUCUCACUGGGGAGAGUUCAGGGCCAGCACCCGGGACUCAUACGUGGCAUCAGAGAUGCUCCGAAUCUUCAUGUCACUACUUGUAGGUAUUACAUCGGGGAUGUGGAUCUGGUCAGCAAAAACUCUUCACACCUGGCAGCGUUGUUCCGCCCGGCUACUCAGAGACAGCCGAGGUGGCAAGAGGGCACCGGGCGAGGGCUGGAUCAAACCAGGGAAAGGCAACGAGACAGUGGUGUGAGAUGAAAGGCAGAGAGUGAAUGGACAGGAAUCAAAUUCUGCAUUCUUCUCUUGUACAGAAACUCAUUCUGCUAAAUGAAGAAUGGAGAGAUUCAAGAGAUGAGAGGGAGCUAAGAAGUGACAUGGGAAUGUAGCAGGACUUCCUCUACGAAGCCACUGGAUAUAACAGAAUCACAUGAGCUCCCUGACUGUUCCUCACCUUGCAUCUGGGAGGGGUUAUGAAGGCCGGAAUAGGAAGACUGAGUCAUACAUUAGCAGCAAGAGUAGCCUCUCUACCUCCAUUAGACCUCAGUUGCUCAAAGAGGUGGAGAAAGCAGAAAACAUGAAGAAAAAAGAGAGAUUGGAAAGGCAGCACAGAAUUAUCAAUAUGUAGACAAGAUACACCAAUAAGCUGAUCAGCACCAUGUCUACUUAUCUGUCUCUCUUUUUCUCCAGAGUCCUCAGCAGAAGAGACUGGCCCUGCUGAAUGCAGUAAACCUGAAUGCUGUUGUUUCUUUUAAAGGGGUUUUGAAGUUUUAAAUUUUACACUGGAGCAGAUAUUAUACAGACGUGGGCUGAAGUUUCCCAAAAGCAACUCACACCCUGAAUAAAACAUAGACAUCAAAACAGCAGAUUAGCUGUAAUGAAAAUCUGAAAUAUUGCCUUGCAUCCUCAAUUUGUUUACGUCUAAACAUUUGGGAAUUAUGUCUUUUAUAUUACAAAAAAUACAGAUGAUUUUUUAUUGAUAUUAAUUUUUUGGGACACAGGCUCUAAGCUGUAAUAAUGCACUAUAAUUGUUUAAUAUGUGAAGUGUUGGGCCAGCAGUGGGAGGACUGUUAAAUCAUUUUACAGCACAGUGAUGUUCACAGAGCCAUUACCAGGGAGUUUUUUUAAUGUAUGUCCUUAUACAUAUGAUGAAGGCAACACAGUGACGGAUAUAUAAGUACCUUUAAAUACACUGUGUGCCUCUACUUGGCCCAUAAAUUAGGAGCUUUACAGCUUCUAGGAAAUCUAUGCCUUUGUGUUUCACAUCAGUGGUUUGUGAGAAGCUCAGCUAACUUCCAAUGAUGUGUGUAAUUUCCUUGGAAGCUCUGUACCUUAUAUGCUUUUGGGUUAACAUGAAAUCCAGGAAAUUUAAUUAUUACCCCUGCCCUUUUCCAAACGUUCUCAGCAAGUUUAAGAAUAAGAAGCCAUGGGACAAUCAGUUGCCAAAAUACGCAUUAUGCAAGGGCAAAAACGCAGUCACAGAGUUAUACAUUUGCAGAUACACACAGUAUAGUGCAAGAAAUUGAGGAUAAAUGUAUCUUUCUCUGAAGAUAGUUCAAAGUGUGUGGAAAGGAGCUACCUCUGUCAUUAAAAGAGCAACUAUGUUUUGCUGUCACAUAGGUUGUUUGAAGCAUCUUGCAGAACUAUGAGAUUGGAGCGCUGAAGGGGCUUCGUAAAAUCUGGUGCUACAAACCUUUGUACAGAGCUGUAUACACACUGUAUAUACACACAUCAACAAGCUUCCAUGCAUCAGCUCAUGCAUGUUGAAGAAACAUCAAUGACAAGUGGACAUGAUGGCCCAGCUCAAGUUUUCCCAUUUUUUUAAUCUAUGUUGACUGAUACAUAAAGGCUCAUUUCCCACACAAUUGAGUUCUCCCUGGAAGUGAUAUUUGUACCUUGGUUAAAUUUCAUGGACGACAGAGACUAGAUUUCCCUCUAUUGUCGCUGGCAGUGCAUUUUAAUAGUAGGCUUUUCCCACCAUUUUAAUUUGACAGUCCCUUGCAAUAAGUGCAAGCUUUAAAUACAAUAAGUUUGUUGGUCCUGACUCAUCCUGUUCUGCAGUUACCAAACUCUAAAACGGCUCCUGUCUACUUGCCUGACAAUCUAUAAAGCAGAACUCUUACAGUCCAGAUUGUGAGUCUCUAUGUAUAUUAUGUGGUCUGUGUCACUGUAGGCCUUCUGUAUUUUCAGCCUCAUUGUGGACAAUAAUAAGAAUCUAUUUGCCUAUGUAUACCAUCUGUACCAAGAUAGUGCCUCACACAGCCACUUUUGUUUGUUUGUUUUAACCAAUCUUUAGAGUAAGACAAAAAUAAUGUCAGAGCUGCAUUUUUUUUUCCUAAAUACCGUAUGUAUCCAGCAAUGGUGGUUCUGGUGAAACCUAAAACGCUGGAAAAAAACAGCAUUUCUCAAACCAGCAUACCUCGGAACGCUAAUUAAAUUUCUAAAGUCAAACAAACAUUACAUUCACUUAAAGUGAAUUAAAUUAACCUCUGACCACCUCCCCUCUGAGCUAAUGCGGUUUCCUUCUUAAACUGCCUUCAUGUUUUGGCUGUCUUCUCAUCUUAUGACCACACUGAGCUUCAGGUGACAUUUCUAAACAAUCACAGAAUGUGCCUUGAAACCCAGUGUGUGUGUGCGCAACACCUUCGCCACUUCCAGCGCAGAUUUGUAAGUGCUUUUAAAAACCCCAGAUGUGAAUCACCACUGAGGUCAGCUCGCCAGCACAGAUUGUAGCCUUUAAGGCUUGGACUGCUCCUUCGUGUAUAAUGCUCAUGGUCUUUCAUCAGUGUAUUAUAAAAGAAAAUAGAACUGCUAAUUUAUCCAUGUAAAAAAGUGACAAAAUUUUAAAACUUGUUUAUUUAAAAACACUUUUGUAUCAGAAGAUGAAUAAAACUUUUUUUGAUUUCCA